AUUGAAAUGAAUAAGACUGACAAGUUUUUCUUUCUGAAUAUUUGAGAGACUGGUGGUCUAUUGCUUCAUUUGACUCUAGGCUUGAGAAGUGGAAUGUCCCUAUUUUAUAGCUUUUUACGGCUUUUUAUAUGGAAUCUAUGAUCUAUAUAUGUCACUAAAAUGUAGGAAUUGAACACCAGAGCUCUCAUCUUUAUUGAAACGAAAAUUAUAAGCAGGGAUAAUAUAUUGCAUUGGUUGUGGUACAUAUGAUUUUUGUUAGGGAUACUGUUACUUAAUACAUUGUCUUUGUAGAUUAAUUUACAGUGUUUACAUUUAUGAUACAGAUAUUAAUUUUAAACUGAACAAGUACAAACAUUGUAUUAAUUACAUUAGUGAUUAUGCUAUGAUAUCAAUUUAAGAUAAUUAUUUGUUUUAUGAUAAACAUUGCGAAUAAUAUUAAAUUUGAGCGAUGAACGGUAUCACAACAGUUUUAUGUCGAUCACAAAUGAGCAUAAUAUUUCGAUAUGUUGUGGAAAAAAUGUUGUAGAGAGAUUUAUUGGACUUUUUGAUAUUUCUAGGGAUAAAAUUGAAUCAGGCUUAGCUGAAGUGAUAAAUGCUCAAAUCCUAAAAUGGGAAAUAGGAAAUAAAAUUAUAAGCCAAACUUAUGAUGGAGCUUUAAUAAUGGCUAAUGGAAAUAAUAUUCAAAAUAUCAUAAGAAAAUUAUACCCAAGUGCGUUACUUAUGCAUUGUUAUGGCAUGAUAAAAAUUCAGUAUUAAUAAACGGUGCAAAAACGAUGCAGCCAGUAAAAAUGUUCAUAAGUAGUAUAAGGAUGUUUCAUACGUUUUUUAGCCGAUUAACUAAAAUAAGUGAACUUCUUAGAGAACAAGAUUUUAAACUUCCACUUCAAUACGACACAGAGUGGAAUUUAUAUUCUCAAGGUGCUUCAACAAUUAAAUUUUAUUUUCAAAAAAUUAUAAAUACAGCAAAAUAUGUGACUGAAGUUAAGAACUGGGAUCCAAUGUUUAUUGCGAUUGCAUCUAGUUUAUUAGAUAAAUUAAACGAUUCUGAUUUUGUCUACUUUAUAAACUUAUUUAACCAAAUAUCAGUUAAUUGUAACAUAUUUUCUUAAUUUUUGCAAUCCAAAAAUAUGUCUGAUAUUAAUGGUUGUGUUAAUAAAAUUUAAAAUCUAAGAGAAAACAUUUUGAUGAUGAAAAAUAAAAAAUUAGUAGACUAUUUUUGUAAAGAAUCAAAUAUGAUGAAUAAUAUUUUGAUUUAUGAUAUUCAUAAAAAAAACUUUCUUCGCAAGUUAACUUAUGAAAUAUUAGAUUCAUUUAUUGAACAAAUUGAUAUUAGAUUUAAUGAUUUUUCAUACCUAGAGUUCGUUGAAUUAACAAAUGAAAACUUAUAUAAACAUUAUUCAAAAACUUUUCCUGAAGUCAAACUAUCGCAGUUACUUAAUCAAUAUCCAAGUUACUUUGAUGAACAUCGUUUACGUAAUGAGUUGCAAGUAGUAUACUCAGAUACUGAAAAACGCAUAUCCUCUCGUAAAAUGUUAGAUUAUUUUUUUAAAAAUGAUUUACAUGAAAUAUAUUCCCAAUACACCAAACUGUGCCAGUUAAUAUUGUCUUUACCUAUUACUCGUGCACCUAGCAAUCAAUCUUUGACUACAUUAAAACGCGUAAAAUCAUUUUUAAGAAAUACUAUGGAAAAUGAGCGACUUUCUUUGUUAUCAUCGAUAGCGAUAGAAAAACAACUACUUGGAUCCAUGGUGAGAGAUCCUAUGUUUGUUGAAGACGUUAUAAAUGAAUACGCUGAAGAAGAAGACUUAGGCUUUGCUCUUAUUUAUAAAGAUAUAUAAUAUGUA